GUGCAUUUGUUUGUGUUUGCAACUUUUCAUAAAGAAAACGGAAAUGCACUUUGAUUUAGUAGGAUAUUGAACAGCCAUUACAAAUAACCAGAAAUAAAAUCCGAUUACUUAUAUCUUAAUGCAAUCAUGCUUUUUUCAAUUGUCAGACUUCCGCGCGCUUUUGUUUGUCAGUUGCGUUUACAAUCGCAUUUCCAGCGUGAAUAUAGUAGUGGUUAAGAGAAUAAAUUUUUAUAGAUUAAUUAUUUGUGAAAUAUAAAAGUAUUGCAAUCAUUUGGCACAUAUUUGUUAAGAUGUCAAGUCCUGCUCCUACACCAGAAGGUGCUGCACCUUCACCAAGAGGUCAGGGUGAACGCACACCAACACGAAACCCUGUAGCGCAGGAUACAACAGACACGCCAAUGCGUAUGGGUCCCACCACCCAGCGACAGAGUCAACAACCAUCGGAAAUAAGCUUGCCACCAACUUCGCCGGGUGGCUUAAGCUUGCCCGCAACAAGUCCUGCCCGAGGAUUGGGCAUGAGUGAAAUCGACUUAAGCUCACCGUUGAACUAUGGCACACCAAGCUCUAUAGGGUCUAUACGUACACCACGUUCAGGUAUACGUGGUACACCACUGCGUGCACGUCCUGAUAUACGCACGGAUAAGCGAAUGCGUCAAGUGGCAAUUGGUACAGCGGGUGCUGGUUUAGAACCAAUUGCUGAGAAACCAUCUGAAGGCACCGAUACCGUGUCUGAAUCAUCUGCUACACCGCAGAUGGUUGUUUGGGGUACCAAUGUGGUUGUACAUCAAUGUAAACAGAAAUUUAAGGUUUUCCUAAUGCGUUAUAUCGAUCCGGAUGUUGAGCGUGAUGAAAUAUCCGAAAAUAUCGAUAUAAAUCAGCCAAUAUAUAUGCAGAAACUAGAAGAAAUCCACACACUAGAAGAACCAUAUUUAAAUGUAAAUUGCGCCCAUUUAAAGACUUUUGAUGAAGCUCUAUACCGCCAAUUGAUUUGCUAUCCUCAAGAAGUUAUACCUGCUUUUGACAUGGCAGUGAACGAAAUGUUCUUCGAGCGCUAUCCAGCAGCUGUGUUGGAACAUCAGAUUCAAGUACGACCAUUUAACGCAGAUAAGACACGCAACAUGCGUUCCCUUAAUCCAGAGGAUAUGGAUCAACUUCUGAGUAUUUGUGGCAUGGUUAUACGUACCUCCGGAGUUAUACCCGAAAUGCGUGAAGCUUUCUUUAAAUGCAUCAUAUGUGCUUUUUGCACAACAGUAGAAGUUGAUCGCGGUCGUAUUGCACAACCAACACUAUGCACAAAUUGUAAUACCAAUCAUUGUUUCCGUUUAGUACACAAUCGUUCAGAAUUUACUGAUAAACAAUUGAUAAAAUUACAAGAGUCGCCGGAUGACAUGGCUGCGGGCCAAACUCCACACAAUGUGCUACUCUAUGCACACAAUGAUUUGGUUGACAAAGUACAGCCUGGUGAUCGCGUAACAGUAACUGGUAUAUACCGUGCUGUGCCCAUGAAAGACAGGGGUCGUAAUAUUAAGAGUGUGUACAAAACGCAUAUUGACGUGGUACAUUACCGUAAAGUUGAUAGUAAUCGCUUGUAUGAGGAUGAAGAGGGAAAAACUCACAUUUUUUCACCGGAACGAGUGGAGUUACUACAUAUGCUGUCACAAAAACCAGACAUUUACGAUCGGUUGUCGCGAGCUAUUGCUCCUUCCAUUUAUGAGAACGAUGACAUUAAGAAAGGUAUUUUACUACAAUUGUUUGGUGGGACAACAAAGAAACAAUCAACUUUGGGCAGACAGAAUUUCAGAGCAGAGAUCCACUUGCUUUUGUGUGGUGAUCCUGGUACAUCCAAGUCCCAAUUAUUACAAUAUGUUUACAAUUUGGUGCCGCGAUCACAGUACACAUCAGGCCGAGGUUCUUCUGCAGUUGGCCUAACGGCUUAUGUAACAAAGGAUCCGGAAACGCGCCAACUGGUUUUGCAAACUGGUGCGCUCGUAUUGGCUGAUAAUGGAGUCUGUUGUAUCGAUGAGUUUGACAAAAUGAAUGAUUCAACACGCAGUGUUCUACAUGAAGUUAUGGAACAGCAAACAUUGAGCAUUGCAAAGGCAGGCAUUAUUUGCCAACUCAAUGCACGUACAUCUAUUUUGGCUGCUGCCAAUCCUGCCGAAUCACAGUGGAAUAAGAAAAAGAAUAUAAUUGACAACGUGCAACUGCCACAUACACUAUUGUCAAGGUUCGAUUUAAUUUUCCUUGUGCUCGAUCCACAAGAUGAACAAUUUGAUCGUCGUUUGGCCAAUCAUCUUGUAUCGCUUUAUUAUGUUACACGUCACGAAGAGGAGGAUACUAUGUUUGAUGUUAGCGUGCUACGUGAUUACAUUGCUUAUGCCCGGGAUCAUUGCUCUCCCACACUUUCGGAUGAGGCGCAACAACGUCUGAUUCAAGCAUAUGUCGAUAUGCGCAAAGUAGGUGCACGCCGUGGUCAAAUAUCAGCUUAUCCUCGUCAGUUAGAAAGUUUGAUACGUCUAUCUGAAGCACAUGCCAAGAUAAGAUUGAGCAAUGUUGUGAGCGUACAAGAUGUGGAAGAAGCUUGGAGAUUACAUCGUGAAGCUUUGAAGCAAUCUGCUACAGAUCCGCUUUCCGGUAAGAUUGAUGUUGGUAUUCUUACGACUGGUCUUUCUACAGCUGCUCGAAAGAAGCGGGCGGAUCUGGUAUUAGCAAUCAAAGAAAAUCUAAAGAAGAAAGGCAAAGUGCCAACAGUUCCAUACCAGAAACUGUUCAAAGAAGUUAAAGAUGCUUCUCAAAUUUUGAUUACACGGGAGCAAUUCGAGGAUGCUCUCAAAGAAAUACAAGAUGAAGGUGCCAUCGUUGUGAUGGGCAAAAAUACCAUCAGAAUCUGUUAAAGAGUACAAAUAUACAUAAAUAUUCAUACAACCAUAAUAUAAUUUUUGUCGCAGUUUUUUACGUUUUUCAUUAUCUAAAGUUAU